CCGUAGUCAGUGUAGUAUAGUGAGUUCACUGCUGGGAACUGAUCUGCGCUUUCUAAGACUAAGAUUAACCGUACUAAUACUCAAGACAGGCUCGUUUCAAUUUCAAGUGUGAGCUGCACUUUUACCGAAAGUAAAUAUUUUAACACGUUUUAGGAUGGCCAGUAAUUCAACUGUGACAAAAUCAGCUCUUAAAAAUGAACUAAUUAAAGCUGUAUUAAGCGGUGAGUUUGAUCGAGUCCAAACAUUACUGACACAGGGAGCUGACGUUAACGAGACGGAAGAAGUAGAAAGCGGUAGUGUUUGGAGCGCACUUACUGCUAUUGUUAGCAAGCGUCGUUCCUAUGAAACCAAAGGAAUUAUAUCAGUUCUACUUAGGAAGGGAGCUAAUGUAGAUUGGGCUAAUAAGAAAGGACAGACAGCCCUUGUGCUUGCCUCUCUCAAUGAUGACUUUGAAGCUGUAAAACUACUCAUUGAGUAUGGAGCUGAUGUAAAUCAUAUUAUACAAGGAGAUAGAAAUACACCGCUUAUCUUAGCAGCUAAACGUAACAACACUAAAACAGUUGAAAUACUGCUUGAUUCCGGGGCUGAUGUAGCUCAUGUAAACAAAGAGAAACAAAGUGCUGUCAUGGUGGCAGCCAGGUAUGGAAGUAAAAGUGUUCUAGAAUUAUUAUUAAAGCGUAGCACAGUUAAUGAUAUAAACUGUGUUGAUAGCCAUGGCUGGAGUGCACUCUGGCAUGCUUCAUACAAGGGUCAUUGUACCAUUAUAGAAAUGCUUCUAAGUCAUGGUGCAGAUAUCACAAAGGUUAAUGACAUCAAACAGAAUGUUGUCAUGCUGGCUUCUUGGAUGAAAGAGUUAGGUGCAGUUGAAAUUUUACUUAAUAAGGGGGCAGAUGUCAAUCAUGUUGAUGAUGAUGGCAACAGUGCACUUAUGUUGACAUCAUUUCAUAAUGACUUGGACUUGAGGGGAGUUGAUAUAUUAUUACAGCAUGGUGCAGAUGUUAAUCAAGUCAAUGAAGCUGGAUGGACACCACUAAUGCUUGCAUCACAGGGUGGAUACAACAGCAUUGUGAAAUUGUUAUUGGAGCAUGGAGCGAACAUUGAUCAUGUUAACCAUGAUAAAAAGGAUGCUCUUGCAAUUACAUUACAAAAUGCUAAACUUGAAACUGCAAAACUUUUACUAAACCAGAAUGCAGAUGCCAAUCGCAAAUAUUCUUUAGGAUGGACUUCACUUAUGAUUGCAUCAACACAACAACACACUGAAACCAUUGCUUGUAUAGACCUUUUAAUAGAUCAUGGUGUUAAUAUUAAUGAAAUCAGCGACGAUGGAUGGGAUGCACUUGGGAUAGCAUCAUACCAAGGUCAUUCUCAAAUUGUUGAGCAUCUAAUCCUUCGCAAGGCAUGUGAUAAAAAUAUUAAUGGCAGGAGAGCUACACCGUUGAUGCUCGCUGCACUGAAAGAUCAUACUUGUAUAAUCGAUUUAUUGGUAAAUAAAGGACAUGUUGAUGUCAAUCAAACUAAUCAAGAUGGAGUCACUGCAUUAAUGGUUGCUUCAGAAAAUAGAAAUCUUAAAUCUGUACAAGAAUUACUUAAAUAUGGUGCAGAUGUAAACAUUAUGGAUCGCAAAGGGAGAUGUACCUUAAGUCUCGCAUUCCAAAAUAAUGAUCAACAAGUUAUUCAGAUGUUGAAACCGCACAUAGCAGGCAUGAGUACGAGAGGACUUCCGAACAACACACGACAUGAAUAUGAAAUUGAUGCUGUGGUGAAUAAAGAAACUUUUAAUUUCACUUCACAAACAACUUUUGAUGACUCUAACACAGUUUUACCACAAAAUGCAGAGCAAUGUCUCAAGGCCGUAGAUCAAUCAGUAUUAGGAAUUUUAAAGAAAUAUAAAAAUGAACAGCCACAGGUGCAUCUGACUGUAAAUCUUGUUCAUAAUGUUAAUAAUUACCUUUGUAAUACAAUUGAAACAGUCCAAACUCCUGCUGUUAAUAAUAAUUUUAAUGCAUUGCAUGUAAAUGCUAUCACUGUGAAUGACAGUAAUAUAAAUAAGACCGGCCAAGUCCAAGGUUUUCCUACAACUAAUAACACUUUGAAUAUUCAAAAAGUUACCAACUUGGCUACUGACAAUAGCAUUAUAAAUGCCAAUUAACCACAUCCAUGAAAUAAAAAGUAGGAAUUCAUAAGUCAAAACUUUAAGUUGAAAUUUGAUUUAAAUGAUAAUUAAUCACUCUGAUCCCUGUACCUUUUACUUUUAGUUAAGUUAUAAAUUUGAUAACUUAUACUUGUAUGAAUAUUGCAAAUGUUUCCAGAUUUGCGCAAACGGUAUCAUUUAAUUGUGUUGUAGUUUAAGCUUUCAAUUGUCAGCAGCCAAACUGUCACAGUUAAUUAUGUGGAAUGAAUUGAACUAUUAUUAGGAUUUUAAAGAAACUCGAUUUAACGGUCCCUGACACAGGUAAUUUGUCCAUAAAAGUUAGAGAAAAUGUAUAUAUUGUCACUGUUAAAAACCAUACUUUACUUUUUCUUACUGUACAGAAAAGACACUUUUAAAAAACCUAAUUACCAGUAACGGUAGUAAAAACAUCAAGAUUUUUCAAAUCUUUUAUUUGAAAUGAUCUAAAAAUGUAUAUUUUUUUUAACUGUAGGACUAUGUCUCGCAGCUGUAUAAUAACUGGCAUACCGGUAACCAAUAUUGUGACCAAAUUUAAAAGUUAUACACAUCAGGGAUACAUAAAAAAAAAAUAUCCAAAAAAUUAUGAAUUUUUUAAAGGAUGCGGCUAUUUGGACCUGUUGAGAGUUUGGGUUUAUUAAAAAAUAUUUUGAAAUUAUUAUAGGGUUUGUAAGACAAAAUUUGGUAUCAAAUGAAAGAUAAUUGAAUGGAC